AUGUGCAUGCACAAUGGUGUCGUCCCAUUGGGGCUGUCGCUAGUGCGGGAGCUUCGCUGCCUGGGCAACACGGAGCUGAUCCAGAUUUACCACUGCUUCCCCGAGGAAAUGUCCAACUCGUCGCGUAAACUGCUGUUCGAGGCGGACAACAACCUCGAGAUUGUGGACGUCUGCACGGACCUCGUGAAGCAGGGCAAGCUCUCGGAGGACAGGGCCAGACACUUCCGUAGCUGGUGGAUCAAGCCUCUCGCUGUGUACCACACCAAGAUCAAGGAGUUGCUGCUGGUGGACAUCGACGACAUCUUCAUGCGCGACCCGGCCGUGCUGCGGACCACCGAGGGGUACCACCGCACGGGUACAACCUUCUUCUACGACCGAGUGCUGUCCAGCACGGAGUUCUUCAACCAGGACGUGGACGGCGAGCAGUACCUGAAGAAGUUGCUUAACGAGUUCGACUACACCAAGUUCAACCUUCCGACCGGAUCCACGCCGUCUGCGCACCUGAGCCCAAAGACGUCGUACGCGUGGCGCCGCCAGACGUCGCACGAGCAGGACUCGUCGCUCGUGGCUAUUGACAAGUCCCGCGCGGGCAAAGCCAUGGACGUGCUGUUCUUCCUGAUCACGGAGCAGCACUUUGUGCAUGAAUUUUCGUACGGAGACAAGGAGAGCUUCUGGAUCGCGUAUGAAUUGGCCAAGCAGGAAUAUUUCUUCUCGCCGUGGGGCGUGGGGGGCAUCUCGUCUUCUACGAACAAGGACCUGGAGAAGCACGAGGACUCGCUCUGUGGUAGCAUCGUGCAGUACAUGCCUGUGGAGGACGAGACGACCGAGUCCGAGCUGCUCUACGUGAACGGCAAGGCGCUGCUGAACCCGUUCCCCGUGGCUAUGGACAAGCUGGGCACUGCCACGCACAACGUGCUCUUCAACACGAACCCGACGCACCUCACGCCCCGCCAGAAGCGGAGGGGCAACGGUCAGACCACGACCAACUACAAGGGCGGAUAUGCCAUGGAGUGCCUGGUGGGCUUCGGUUCCGAGCCGCUGCCGGUGAAGUUCGCGCCCCAAUUGCUGCGACGACGUAUGUUCUACUUUGGCAUCCGCAUGGGUGUGCUAUCCGCACUCGACCAGUGUUUUCCCUUUGAAGGAAUGAAGUAG